AGCUCGCUGGAGAAGCUCGCCAAGGCGUUGCAGACAAACCAGUCGCUCCAGAAGGAGACGCACGAGAAGCUCAACGCAGACGUGGUGUUUGAGAUCUCGGGCAAGGGCCUCAAGACGCCCGUGGUGUGGCUCUUGCGCAGCAAGGACGCCGGCGGCGUGCAGCUCGGCACGGCCGAGGGCGAGCGCCCGCCCGCCGACAUCACGAUCAGGGUAGACGACGUGAACCUCAGGAAACUCAUCCACGGCAAGCAGAGCGCGCAGAAGCUCUUCAUGACGGGCAAGUUGAAAAUCAAGGGCAACGUGAUGAAGGCAAGCUACAUCGAGAAGCUCUUGAAGUUCGCCGGCCCG